UCUUCUUCUUUAAUUCCUGUCUCCUCCUAUACUCUCUCUCUCUCUCACACACACACACCACACACAGUGACCAAUGAAGCUACAUUGCGGAGCGCAAUGGUGUUAGUACCAUGAACAGGGGAAGGGACGGGUACACAUGCUUCCAACGGUUAUGAAUCAUCCCACUUCCACAGACCCAACAGCUCCGCCUCCGCCGCCGCCGCCGCGAUCCUCCUUCAGCUGCGACCGCCACCCUACCGAGCAGUUCACCGGCUUCUGCCCCUCCUGUCUCUGCGAGCGCCUCACCACGCUAGAUAACUCCUCCUCCAACACCCCCUCCUCCUCCCGCCGCCCGUCUUCUGCUUCCGCCGCCAUAAAGUCCCUCUUCUCCUCCGCCUCAAAACCCAGCAGCAGCUUCCCCCCUCCACCGCCGCCUCCGAAACCCUCGAAGCCCUCCUCCUCCUUCCCCGAGCUGCGCCGCAGCAAGUCGUUCUCGGCGUCCAAGAACGAGGCUUUAGGCCAGUUCUUCGAGCCCCAGAGGAAAUCAUGCGAUGUUAGAGUGAGAAACACUCUCUGGACGCUCUUCACCCUCGACGACGACGGCGGCGGUAGUAAGCCCUCCGCCGCCGCCGCUGCUUCCUCCUCUUCUCAUCAAAACGGCAAAAAAAUCGGAUCUUUUUCAGCGGAGAAGCCCGUUUUCGAGGAGACCGAGAAUGAUGAUGAUUUCAGAGACUCAGAAUAUGCAGAAAUAGAUGAGAUACAGUCUGUCAGAGAAUCCCAUUUAGAAAAUUCAAGAAACGAGGUUGAAUUCGAGGUGAACAGCGCCAAAAUAGUGGAAGAAGAGGCGAAUUUGAAGAUAAAAGAGCACAUUGAUCUUCAGACGCAAGAGAAGAAGAGCUCCAGCGGCGGGUUUUGGGCGGCAGCCUCCGUUUUCAGCAAGAAAUGGCACAAAUGGCGGCGAAAGCAGAAGAUGAAGAAGCAAAACAACGCAACAUUGCCGGUGGAGAAGCCCAUUUCCCGGCAGUACAGGGAGACUCAGUCUGAGAUUGCCGACUACGGGUUUGGGCGGAGAUCCUGCGACACCGAUCCUCGAUUCUCGCUGGAUGCCGGAAGAGUGAGCUUCGAUGAUGCAAGAUACUCCUUUGAUGAGCCUCGAGCAUCAUGGGAUGGUUACUUGAUCGGCAGAAGUUUCCCAAGAAUGGCACCAAUGGUCUCUGUGAUGGAGGAUGCUCCGGCCGCCCGACAAGAUAUGCAGAUUCCAGUGGAGGAUGUCCCCGGUGGAACAAUGCAGACUAAGGAGUAUUACUCGGAUUCCUCAUCGUCUAGGAGGAGGAAGAGUCUUGAUAGGUCGAGUUCCAUUAGGAAGGCUGAGGCCUCUGUUGAUGAGCUUAAGAUGGUGUCUAAUGCCAAGGUCUCGCCCACAACUGCGGAUUCUUUCCAUGGUGCCAAAGUUGUGGGGGAGAGAGAGUUGAGCUUGCAGCAGCAUUGUUUAAGAGAUGAGUGUUUAGAGAGUUGUGAAUUGGGUAGUGGUUAUAGGGAUUAUAGCAGCAAUUCUUUGAUAGGGGGCGGGGGUGGUGAGAGGAAGGAGUCGAAGAAGUCGUCUAGGAGGUGGAGUUGGAGGAUAUGGGGGUUUAUACAUAGGCGUAGUAAGGAUGAGGAGGAGGAUAGUAGGGGAAACGGGGUGGAGAGGUCGUUGUCUGUGUCGUGGCAGGACAACGGGGAUGUGGGAGGGCGUUUGAACAUAAACAUGUUUAGAAGCAAUAGCAGCAGGAUUGGUGGGAGUAUGAGGAAAUCGGGGAGGAUGUUGGAGAGGAAUCGCAGUGCUAGGUAUUCGCCUCCGAGCCAUGUUGACAACGGCCUCCUGCGUUUCUACUUGACGCCUAUGAGGAGGAGAGGGGGAGCUCUUGGUAACCACUCGAGGUCCGUCCAGGGGAAAACCUUGUUGUCAAGGAAGGAAGAUCCAGUGGAGUGGAAACGGAAGAAAUGUGGUCAGAAUGGGCAUUACCAAGCCCAGAUUGCAAUGUCAUGUUUACCAGCAUGGAGCCUAGGCGCAGUACUUCUCAAGUCUAACUUGGGGUAUGGGAACCCGAAGCAACCCACCUGGUAUGAGUCAAACCGAAUGAAGCAAUCCGUCUGACCACUACAAGGAUAAGCAGACAACCGAAGCCAAGAAAGAAAAGUGAAUCCCGAAGAUUUGAUGGAAGAAUGUGGAAGAACGGAGAAGGAGCUGGAAGAAUCUGGAAAGGAGGAAGGUUGACUACAGCAUGCAGCUGGAAGAUAUCUCCAAUCGGAUCAAUCAAGGAUUGCGCUAAAAAAGGAAAGAAGAUCUCGAUAAAGAUAUGAAGCUGGCGCAGCUAGGGUUAGCCCUCCACCGUUUGGCAAUAUAAAAGGAUGAAGACGUGCUGCGUGAAAAAACUCUGGCCCCACUGAACUUUUCUUUUACUUAGUUUAUUACUCUAAUUUCUACCGAGUUGUGGCAUCCAAACAAUUUACAUUUCCAGUAUUUUAUCAUUUCCGUUUUCAAUCCGAGUAAGAACAAGAUUAAGGCUCGUGGUCUUAGGUACUAUUUCUUUUAUUCAAGCAUUUCCCUUUUGUUA